UUCAGAUCAUGAACUCAUGCGAUUGGCUGAAACUCUUGAAUCGACAGUCGUUGAAAAAGCCUCUUAUGAUGAUUCAGUUUCUGAACAACAGGAACAAGCAACUGUGCAAUCAGAAUCUGAUUCGACUGAAGCCAUCAAACUGGGCGAGGAAAUCUUGCCCAUCGUUCGAAGGGGAAGCUUCGUCCAGGACUCCUUCUUCCUCGAUGUCCGCCAAGAAUUCGACGCUGCCAUCAGAGAGGUCCUGAGGAAGUGGGUCAGCGAAGACAGCGAAGUGACACACAGUGAGGACUUCCUUGGCCUUAGUCACAGCGAUAUCCUGGACCGCUACAGACAGCUUCGAUCCCGAGAAUUGAAGGAAGAGACCCAAGUCUUUAUCGUCACGUCCGACAACACUAGUUACAAGAUCGUGUUGGACGUCCAAGACUUCAUGAACGGGGAUCUGAAGGUGAAGGUGGCGGGCGAGACGGAGGUGGUGGUGGAGGUCGUGUGGAGAGGAGAGAAGAAGGAAGCUCAUCCGUGUCCUCCUACUCCUUCCGACGCCGCUUCUCCUUGCCAGAGCACAUUGACAUGACAGCCAUCACGUGCAUCAUGUCUUCAGAUGGCAUUCUUACAAUCAGCGCUUCAAAAAUGGCAGAAGAACCGGAGGAACACAAAGUGAUCAGGUCCGUUGAGGAAGUUCAAAAAUCCUCUCAAGUUCAACGCUCGCUAUUCCCAGCUGAUGAAACCAUCUCCCUCCAUGAGGAAUGUGAAAAAGAAAGCAAAGCCACACAUG